GUGAGCUGUCAUGGUUUUUCUUUUUUUAAUAUAGAAACGUCAAAAAAAAUUUAAUUGCGUAUUAUAAAACAGAUUUCUUAGUCGAUCUGAUUUAUCAUUAUUUUGUAAUAUAGAAAAACACGAUUUUAAAAAAGGUUCAGCAAGUUUGAGUUUUCAAAUUCUGGUGAUAAAAUAAUUUCCAUUACCUAAUAUACCUAUAAAAAUCUAGUGUGUUGAAUUUGGAAAGUUAUCUUUCUUACGCAAUUAAAAUAUUUGACAAUAUUUUACCAUUUCAAAAUGGAUAAUAUACGAGGAGGACCAAGCAAAGAAAAUAAUUUAAAACAAUUUAUUGGAGCUGCACACGAAAUCGUUGAAUUGAUAGAAAAUAAAGGAGAAGUAUCAACUUUAAAACAAGAAAUUGUAAUUCAGAAAACUAAUCUAGAAACCCUAAAAAUUUCUAGGGAAAAUUUGCAAAAUUUAAUUGGCGAAAACGCUAUACAAAUUGAAAAUAGUGAAGGUGUGUCAAAAGCACUGAAUGAUUACUACAUUAAAUUUACUUCUGAAGCCCGCGUGAUCUAUGACCACGCUCUUAAAUCGUUUAAUGGCGUUGAAUAUGAGGAAAAAAUGUUGGAAAAAUUAAGUGAAAUUGAUAAAAAAAAUAAAAAUACAUUAGCAAUACUAAAUGCAAUGUUUGACAAUCAAGAAAAAAGAUUAUUAAAAGAGUCGGAAAAGGCUGCCAUAAAUAAUCGCAAAGCUCAAGAAGAAAGGAACAAAAUAGAUGUAGAAAAUAUUAAAUUAAAACAAGAAUUAAGUGAAAUAGAAACAGAAAUUUGUGUGUUUGAAAAAGAAAAAUCUGCCUUAGAAAAAGAAAUCGCUCAAUAUAAUAACGUUGACGUUUGCCACUUGAAAGAAGAUAUAAUAAGAGCAGAUAACGAAAUAUUGGAUCUUUCCAAAAAAUUAAAAGCAACAGAGGAGGAAAAACAAAAAGAAGAAAGCAUUGUUUUAAAAUCCUUUGAAGAAGCAAACGAAAAAUUAAUAGAAAUAGAAAAUAUUCUGAUUGAAAAAACAAUAGAGUUACAAAACGAUUUAACUGAGAACGACGAGAUUACGGAACUGGAAAUCUUAAACGAACAAGCAGAAAAGAAAAUGGAAACUUUAAUAACCCAGUGUAAAGAAUUAGACAAAAACAAUGAAGAAUAUGAACGCAAAUUUAAUGAUGAAAUUGAAAAUUAUCAAGAAAAUUUAAAGAAAAGCGAGUUACAUUUAAAAUCCGAAAAAGAGGUACACGAAAAACUGACUACAGACGAGGAAACUUUAAAGAUGAAUUUAAAAUCUGCAAAAGCUGAUGUAGAAUCACUAAAAAUUGUUAUACACGAAUUAGAACUAGAACCUAUACAAGAUGUAAACAAUGAAUUAGAAGUUAAAGAACAAAUUGCAAAAAAUCUAAAAUUGAAGCACGAGACUCUGAAUGCCGAAUACACCAGGCGUUUGGCUGAGAAACAGGGAGAAAUCGAACAAGACAUUUUGAAGAUUGAAACAGAUAACAAUAAAGCUGAAUCUAGUAUUAAGAUAAUGGAAGAUGAAAUCAAAGAAAUGGAGAAAGAGAAGGAAGAACUUGAAAAGAAAAGACUUGAUUUAGAAAAAAUAUUACAGGAACUGACAAAAGAAGCUGCUCCUGCACUACCUCAGAAAAGAAUACGUCAUUGGGACAGUGAUACCACUAUUGAAGAUGAAGAUACAUCCUAUGCUGAUAAAGUUUUGAUGAAGAUAAAGAAAAUGAAUGCUAAAAAGUAAAAAGUAUCGAAUUUUUAUUGAAGUUCCUUGGUGGAUACAUUGAGUUUCUAUUUUAGUU